AUGGCGACGACUCAGAACAGAAUGACGAUGAGACAGGAACAGAAACCUAUUCCAGGGAUCUUGCGGGAAGUUUGCACGCAAUCUGACUGGUCCUUACGACUCUAUCGUCCUGGUUUGGGAGCUCUGUUGCUAAUGUUGCCCAUAAUUAUGAACGAGACAUGGCUCAUGUACAAUUUCAUUUGUGAUACGGUUCCAUUUUUCUUUCGAGAGCCCAAAGAAGAUAAUUUUGCAUCCAACCUGAAACCUGAGGAAUGGCGACGUUCGCAUCACGCUUGUCUGAAGGCAAUGUGUCGACUGGCGAAUCAAAUCGAAUUUGAUUGCAGGGUAGACGAAACUGGAGAAUCAGCGUACAUGCUUGUGGUUGACGAUCCUUCUCAAGAGGUACCAUUUGAUUCCGAAAUUCCUUUUCCUGUCGAUUGUGUGGAUACUUUGGAUCUCAUGCUCGGUCCUGAAAAUAUGGAGAUCUUGGGCAACCAUCUUCGAUCAUCUGACUUGUUUGACGCAGACACAAUCGAUUUCAUUCACUACCAUGACAAUAAUAAUAAUGAUGUGCAGUCUGAAACAACAGAUAGCGGCGCUCAGAAGAAGAAGGCUCUAUUUCAAUUACUACCAGGUCAAUGUGGGAUUUGGGACAUUCUUCAGCAAAGCUGGUAUGAAUGGCACGGUGACUCCAACAUCGAUCCACCACCUCCCGUCCCGCUCGUCAAUUUUGAUAACACAGAACCGGGGCAACUGGUUCGGAUAAAGGCACGUGAAUAUCUUUGCUACGAAGAGUACAUACCCAAAGAAGCCAAGAAUAAUCCCAAGUAUUGGAUCAGUGCCUAUGAAACAGUAUUGAAGUAUCGAUGGUAUAUUUCCUUUUGCGCUGCAAUCAUUUCUUCGGCCUUUGUCGAGAUCAUGGGUCUUUUUGUCAUUAUGGUGCGGGUGUUGCCAUUGACUAUCUGCUUUGCCAAGUUCACUACUACCGUCGACCCGGAUCCAAACUACAAAAUGUUACGUACCAUGAUGGAAAUGUGGCGAAUCUGGACGCACCUGAUUGGAAUACACGCCAUGGCCUUUGCGAUUAGAGGUAGUGAACAAGUCUAUGUCGUUUGCGCACUGGCCACAGCCUCGAUGCUCCUGUAUGGGAAUACCAAGGCUUCUAUGGAAUGGACCUUUCUGCACAUUGUUUCCUACGGAAUGGAAUGGGAAGCAGAUGCUGUUGCAGCGUCGAAUCUGAUACUUCCGUCGAUUGAGGACGCGCUGGAUCUGUUCAUUCCAGCUCCGGGUCUUUGUUUGAAGGCGAUUGUGGUGUACAUGCUAUACAUGUCAUCCUCACGUAUACUCAAUAAGCAAUAA